ACUUUCCACUUGUUCCAGCACACUAACAGAAAGCGCUUCCUCUACAAUCAUGGCGGACAUGUACUGUCGCGCUGCCGUUGCCAUGGAGAUGCACGGCGUCCUUCCUGCGUGUGGCUUAGCGCGCUGUGUAGUGGUUCCCACGAUGUCAUGUGACCCGGAAGUGGUUGUCUGUGUAGUUUUGGCGCCUUGGCUAGUGUUGCAGCAGGCUGACAGCUGAUAGUGAGACUCACACGGCGGUAAGUACAAAAAAAAUGCAAGCAUUUUUGAAAGGUGGGACAUCCAUCAGCACAAAGCCAUUGAAAGAUAAAGCCUCCGUGUCUGGAGCAGGCAGCAGCACAAAUGUCAAGAAGCAGAAAGCAGUCCCUUGGGUGGAAAAAUAUCGACCAAAAUGUGUAGAUGAAGUGGCUUAUCAAGACGAAGUGGUUGCUGUACUGAAGAAAUCAUUGGAAGGAGCAGAUCUCCCUAAUCUACUUUUCUAUGGGCCUCCUGGAACUGGGAAAACAUCUACUAUUUUGGCAGCCUCCAGAGAGCUCUACGGGCCUGAACUAUUUCGUCAGCGAGUCCUUGAAUUAAAUGCAUCUGAUGAAAGAGGAAUUCAAGUAGUUCGGGAGAAGGUGAAAAACUUUGCCCAGCUAACAGUAGGAGGCAGCCGUUCUGAUGGAAAGCCGUGCCCUCCAUUCAAAAUUAUAAUUCUGGACGAAGCAGACUCUAUGACAUCCGCUGCUCAAGCUGCCCUAAGGCGCACUAUGGAGAAAGAAUCUAAAACCACUCGGUUCUGUCUAAUUUGCAAUUAUGUCAGCAGAAUAAUUGAACCUUUAACAUCUCGUUGCUCCAAGUUUCGAUUUAAACCACUUGCUGACGCUAUACAAACUCAAAGGAUCCUCGAAAUCUGUGAGAAGGAAAGUGUGAAAAUUACAAAUGAGGCAGUGUCUUGCUUAGUUGAAGUUUCAGAAGGAGACUUGAGGAAAGCCAUUACGUUUUUACAGAGUGCAACAAGGCUUACUGCUGGAAAAGAGAUAACAGAAAAAAUUGUGGUAGAAAUAGCUGGGGUGAUCCCUAAAGAAACACUCGAUGGAGUAUUAGCAGCGUGUCAGAGUGGUUCAUUUGAAAAAUUGGAAACUGUGGUCAAGACUCUAAUACACAAUGGUCAUGCAGCCAACCAGCUUGUGAACCAGAUUCAUGAUAUUAUUCUUGAACGUGAGGACCUAAAAGAUAAACAAAAAGCCAUCAUUGCAGAGAAACUUGCAGUGGUUGACAAAUGUUUGACAGAUGGAGCAGAUGAAUAUCUUCAAAUGCUUAGUCUUUUUGCAGUUAUUAUGCAAGAAAUGACUCAAAAUUGCUAAUGCUAUCGAUUUUCUUUUUCUCAAGGUGUCUAGUGACGAA